AUGGUGUCGAAGCGAUGGGCCUCGCUGCUGCCCUUCGUGCGCAUCAGCGCUCCUGCCGACUCUCCACCUCGUCGGGAGGACUGUUACUGUCACGACGACUCGCCGCUCCCCGUCCCCACGCUCUCCGCGCCCGCGCUCCUCCGCUUGCUGUCCCGCGCGCCGAGCGUGACUUCCCUCUUGCUGGGCGACGGCGCCGUCGAUUUCUACGACGAUAGCUUUAUUAUCUCGCUGCUCGCCGCCUGUCCCAAGCUGACCUGCUUGAGCCUCGGCGAUCCUCGUUUCACCGCCGCACCGCCGCCCUUCACCAUCAGCUUCGCAUCGCUCAACUCACUCUUCCGCGCUGCAGCGCCGCAGUUACAGGAGCUCGCGCUGCUGCUUCCUUACGAGGCCAGGAAGCUUCUCGAUUCCAUUUCGUCGCUGUCGUCGCUGCGCGUGCUUCGCCUCCGCUCCAACACGAUCCAACAGCUCCCGGACGGACUGUGCAAUCUGCCCGCGCUCCAGGAACUGCAGUUCAGCUGCUCGAUGCUGUGGGAUGUGCCCGAGGACUUCGGGCAGCUGAAAGCUUUGACGCGCCUCUCCAUCGUCGACAGCAUGAACGGCGCGCGCAGCCUGCCCGAUUCUCUGGGCGACCUCUCGUCGCUCACCUCGCUCUGCAUAGCCUUCCCGUGCGGGCGACUCCCGUGUAGCAUCACCGCGCUGCAGCAGCUGCGGCGCCUGCAGCUGCGACGCUACGACAGCCUCGACUGGCCAGACGGGUGCGAAGCGUGGACGAGGCUGGAAGAGCUUUCGCUGGAGCAAUGCAGCGUGCGCUCUUUCCCGCCUGCGUGGCUGGAAACCCUAAAGCGCCUCACUGUUCGCUCCUGCGACAAUUUCAAGUCGCUCCCCUUAGAUGACGUCGUUCGAACCUCACCGUUGCGUCUCUUGACUCUUGAGGAAGUCCUGGCGUUCGACAAUUUACCGCUCCACCCUCUCAGUCGACUCACCUCCCUCCAACGACUUAAGGUCUCGGUUAAAGCCCUUUUCCGGCCCAUCAUUACUGGGAAGGAGGAAUUUCCAGUGGGCUUGUUGGCGUUGCCGUCGCUGGCGCACGUGAGUGUGGACAGGGUGGCGUGGGUGGAGCAGGGCGACGCGCCCAAAGGGUCUCUGCUGGCCUAUCUGCCUCUAGCCCUCGCUUCGGAAACUGCUGCCGCUGCCGAUGCCUCUGCCGCCGCCGCUGCUGCAGCUGCCGCUCCUCCUGCUGCUGCUGCUCUUGCUGCUGCCGCUGCUAGGGCUGCUGCUGCUUCUGCCACUGCUGCUGCUGCUGCCGCUGCAGCCGCCACCGCCGCCGCCACUGCCGCCGCUCAAUCCGGGUGCUCGCCUCUCGGCCCCUCGUUGCAGCACCUAGAAUUGAGCUUAGGUGAAAAGUGCCCACAAGGCAGCUACCUAUCCGCCCACCUCUGGUCCCUCUGCUCGCUCACGCACCUCUCCAUCACCGAUCUCAAGCCUAGAAGUCUCGUGAUGGCUGCCUUUGGCUGCCUCACCAACCUCCGCAAUCUCUCCCUCUCCGGCUGCUUCCUCUGCCUCCCUGACUCCCUCUCUCUCCUCGCCCCAUCCCUCCAGUUCUUAUCGCUGGAGUACAACUCUUCCUCCACUGCCAGCACCAGCAGAGGCACCAACAACAGCAGCGGCAGCGGCGGCGGCGGCGGCAGCGGCGGCGGCGGCGGCAGCGGCGCCUCAGACUGCCCUAGUGAGGGAGGUGAGGUGGAAGAUGAACAGCAGCAGCAGCAGCAGCAGCAGCAGCAGCAGCAGCGGCAGCGACAGCGACAGCAGGAAGGCAAGCGCCCCACUCCGCGCCUCGCACUGCCCUCGUUCAUCUCCCACCUCACCUCCCUCACCGAGCUUCACCUCACAGACGUUUUCAUUCCCUCUCCCCUUCCUCACCUCGCCCGCCUGCUCGCACUAAAAAUAUUGCGCAUCACGAGGAGCGCCCACCUUCCACAAUCUGAGCCCUUCAUUCCCGAGAACAUCGGCGAGCUGGCAUCGCUGGAGUCGCUGGAGCUGAAAGGGCGCGUGUCGGACACCCUCGGCGGCCUGACCUCCCUGCGAGAAGCAUCUCUGAAGUCUCCAGUCCUUGCCAGCCUGCCUCCCUCCUUCUGCCUCCUCCCUCGCCUCCACACACUCACCAUCACCGGCAGCGACUGUCUUGUCACCCUGUCUGCUGAUUUCGGCUCCCUAGGCGCCCUCCAACGCCUCUCCAUCCACUCCUGCUCUCGCUUGCAAAGCCUUCCCGACUCCUUCUCCUCGCUCGCCUCCCUCGUCCACCUCGCCAUCACAAAUUGCUCCAAGCCUUCCACCCUUCCUGAUGGCUUUGGCUCUCUGCCCCGACUGGCCCGGCUGGCGAUCACCUACUGUGACUCCUUCACUCACCUGCCCGCCUCCUUCCCCUGCCUGCCGUCUCUCCGUGUGGCCAGCUUCAGCUGCUGCCCGCGCCUGCAGUCCCUGCCUGCGGACAUGGGCCUGCUACCGCGCCUAGAGGUGCUGCUUCUACGGGAAUGUGAGGCACUCAGGACUCUGCCAGAUUCGCUCAGACAGGCCAAGGCGCUUAGGCAUGUGGAUCUGUCCAAGUGCGGGGUGGCUAAUGUAGACCGUGCUUACAGGAGUGCUGGCAGGAAUGCAGACAGGAAUGCGGACUGGUAUGGAACAGGAAUUUAUUUCGAAUGGGGACCACGGGAUGACUAA